GCAAAAUUUAGUGCUUUUGUUCGUAUUUUCAUCUAGUUCCUCUAAGGCAAUUUCAUUUCACGUUUGUGUUUAAAAUACCUUUCCGCCAGUUUGUUUGUUUUGGGAAAAUCAUUAAUUGUACUGCAGUACAAUUAAUGAAAUAAUUGUACUUCUCUCAACCAAUCAGCAUCCAGUAAUUUUGUCAUGCUAAUAAUAAACAGGGAUAACUUUUGCCCAAAUGAACAGACCCUGAGUAGUGAGUGCAUAACACCGGGAACAGAAAAAAUCAUGUUUUACGCCUUUAGACCAACUCCUGAGUAUUCAUGGAAACGAAUUGAUGUGUAUGAUAAAGAGCAUGCAGUUGAAAAUGGCGUAGACGGCAUUACAUUCGACGAUCGUGAUCCUCGAUUACUGGUCAUCAAAUCUGCAUCAAAAGAUCAUGCUGGUCAAUAUUUCUGUACCGCAACGAUAGGAGAUAAAAAUGACACUGUUGAAGGAUCUUUGACAUUUGAAGGUAUACAGUUUAUUUCUUUACAGUUUUUUUCUUCUCUUUUAGGUUAAAUUUUUUUAUCUAGGCAAGAAGAACAAAAUCCAUCAGCACAGCUAGAAAGAGCAUGUGAAAAUUAGUAAAAUUGCAAAGUUUGGCCGCGAAAUGUCGUAAAAUGCGGAAAAUAUAUAGCCCUGCGAAAUUUGCAAAUUUUGUGUUAAUUUGUAUUACGCACGGGAAAAUGCACCACUUUCGGUCCAAAUGUGGUCGCAAUAUUGCAAAGUUGCUGGCAAGAGAAUAUCUGGUUUGAUGGUAUUCCACUGUAAUCCUAAUUUUAAAUGUUCUUAUUAAACAGUUCAACCUACUUGGAUUGGUAAAAGUAUCGAAGCUGUCAGUCCAUCAGUUUAUUCCAAUCAUUCUUGGACAUGUAAUGCUACAGGAUUCCCAACACCCACAUACGAGUGGUACAAAAAUGGUGUUAAACUUGCUGGCAGGUAAGUUUAAUAGAUACAGUAUCUCUCAAGCAUAUAUAGGUACUUGUACAUAGGUCUCAAACAUAUAGGUAUAUGUUAUACCAUGGAUAAUAAAAUUUAUUUUAUUAUCCAUGGUUAUACAAAUAAGGCCACGCUUUUUGUUGUUG